UCCGGCCUAGCCAUUUGGUUGUUUUUGUACAGAACUUUUAGAGGGGUGAGCGCUGUUGCCCACCUGGAAGUGAAAUUUCGAAACACAAGAAGAUUUCAGUUUCAAAAAUGACAAUCGAUAACACUACAACAACCGUUUUAUUAAAAGAACAAGGAAAUACGCAUUUUAAAGUCGGCGAAUAUGAAAAAGCGACAGAGUUUUACUCGAAGGCCAUCGAAGCAUGUGAAAACAGUGGUGUUUCGCAAAUGAAGAAUGACUUGGCUGUUCUUUACAAAAACAGAUCUGCUUGUCAUUUGAAGAGAGAGAAAUUUGAAGAUGCCGUGAAUGAUGCUACUAAGUCUUUAGAAUUGGUCAAAAAUGAUCCUAAAGCGUUAUUCCGUCGAGCUCAGGGAAACGAGAAGCUUGGGAAUCUGGAGGAUGCAUUGAAAGAUGCUAAAAAUGCAUAUCAGCUCGAGCCUAAAAAUUCGGCACUUCAAGAUCUACUUCGGAGGAUCACAGUCACGCUGCAAUCGAAAGUGGGCAAAACACAGUCUACUGAAGGGAUGGUACAGGAAAUGAUCCAGGCUAUUUUGGAUUCAAGCACAAAGGAGGAAAAGAGACAGCAAGCAUUGAAUAAUCUAACAAUCCUUGCACACCAACACGCAGGGAGUGGUGUGAUGUAUGAGACAAAAGCCCUUCAAAAACUAAAGCCACUGAUAUUUGGUGAGAUUCCAAAUGAUGUUGUUUCAUUUUUGAAAAUGGUUCAUGGACUGUGCAAGGAAAAUUUUGAGAGGUCCAUGGCAAUGAUGCAGCUGCUGCCUGUUGAGGAGCUGAGAAAAAGUUUGGGAAAGUUCACUGGAAAUAUUGAUGUUGUUUCAAACUUGUUGUCUGUUGUUACUGAGGUCAUUAUAACAAUGGUCGACUUUGCAAAGAAAAAGCAUCCAAUAUCACCUGAAGAUUGGGAGAAGUGGGUGAUGAAGAAUGAAAACAAUGAAGCUGUCAAGGUCUUCUUAGAAGGUAUGACAGAAUAUAAAGAUCUUAUGAUGUCACUUACUGGGAACCUUACAAAUCCUCAUUUAUCAGCAGAUGCAAGGGACUGUACUAUUGAUGCAUUGGUCAGACUACUUCCACUUCACAAAGCAAUAGCAGAUUUUGUCCUUGAAAAUGGAGGUGUCACUAGUUUAUUACAAGUAGCAGCAUGCUCUGGAACAGUAAGAACAAAAGGGACACCAACAUUAGCAGUGUCUGAAACAACUCACACACAUGUAGCUGUUGCAUUGUCAAAUAUCUACACUUCUAUGGUUGUCAUUCAAAAACAAAGAGAAAAUUUCAAUAGCCAGGCAAAUACAACUAUUUCAAAGUAUUUUGACGAGUUUAAAGUUUCCCAAAAUGUAAAAGGACUUGCAGGAUUAGUGACUAUUUUGGAAGGUUCACCUGAAACGGCUGAAGAAAUUGCUUCAAAAGAUUCAAUUUUACAAAGGGUAUUAAAGUUAGCAGAGUCAGAUGAUAUUGAAGUUAAAAUUCUGGCUGGUGAAGUUUUGGCCUAUGCAGCUAGUGUGAAAAAAAUUUGUGUUGCACUUCGCAAUGAUGGUAUGGGCAUUUUGAAGUCCCUUUUCAAAUCAGAUGUUGAAAGGCUUAAGGCUAGAGGACUUGUAUGCAUGUCAAAGGUGGGGAUGACAGGUGCAGGAAAUAUAAAUGAACAGCAUUUGUCUGAGGAUGGCAUAUUGCAACUAUAUAAUGCUUCGUUAAAGUUUUUGAUGGACAAGACUAAAGAUUUCCAGUUUAAGAAACUGGCAGUUGAAGCAUUGGCAUUUCUCACAAUGGAUGCAAACAUAAAAGAAGACAUGGUCACAAAUACCAAAGCACUUGAUGCCUUGUUUGAGUUAGCAAAGUCUGGAGAUAGUACUACAGUUUAUGGUGUUUGUAACUGUCUUGUCAACCUGACAAACAGUUUUGAUAAGCCUGAGAAAUUUGAGGAACUUGAGAAAAUAGCAGAGUAUGCACAGCAUAGUGUUCCUAAGCUUGAUGAGAAAGAUGGUGAGGAAUAUGUCAAGAAGAGAAUUUCUGUCCUUGUAAAAGCAGGGAUAACUACAGCACUGGUACAUUUGGUAGGAAAAAUUGAUAGUAAUGCUAGCAAAGAAUCAAUUGCAAGAAUAUUUCAUGGAAUUGUUACAGAACAAGAAAACAGAGGGAUUGUAGUUCAGCAAGGCGGGGGAAAAGCUCUUAUCCCAUUAGCCUUGUCUGGAACUGAUACUGGAAAAGAUCUUGCUGCACAAGCUAUUGCCAAGAUUGGAAUAACAACAAAUCCAACUUUAGCAUUUCCUGGGCAAAGAUGCUUGGAAGUUGUAAGGCCACUCAUCAGAUUGCUUGGACCUGACAAGAAAGGCUUACAACAGUUUGAAGCUUUAAUGGCAUUGACAAAUCUUGCACAAGUUGGUGAUGACAUUCGCAGGCGCAUCAUAAAGGAAAAAGGCAUUAUAGGCCUAGAGGUUUUUAUGUUUGAAGAGCAUGAGCAGCUGCGUCUAGCAGCCACAGAAUGCAUGUGCAACAUGGCAAUGUGUGAUGAUAUAGUUAAAUUGUAUCUUGAUGAAACAUCAACAACUGAAAGACUGAAACUGUUAGUUUUGUUUUCAGGAGAAUUAGAAGAACCAAAGCUGGUUCGAGCAGCAACAGGUGCUCUAGCUAUCUUGUCAGCCAAUGAGGAAAUAUGUGGUAAGAUAUUGACUUUCAAAAGUUCAAUAGAUAUACUGAAGCAAAUAUUGGUAUUUCAAGAUUUAGAAAUACAACACAGAGCAGUCUACAUUGUUGCAAAUAUGCUGGAAAGCUCAAAAGAUGUUGCAGAAAAGUUGAUAGAAGGAGAAGUAUUUGAAAUUUUGCUAGCCUUGAUGCAAGUUGAAGGAGAAGGAACCAAAUCUGUGAAAGAACAUGCAAAACGUGGACUUAAGGCAGCCCAACAUUGGGGUCUUAUCAAGGAAAAUAAAUAGAAUCUUUUCAAAGGGAUUGUUGACUUUUUUACCCUAAUGCAUAACAUAAUGACACACUUUAAUAGUUUUGUAUUUUAGUAGUGAAAACUGAUGGUUGUUUUUAGCACUUUUUACCCAUUGUUUCUGGAACACAGUUGUUGGAAUAUUGUCUAGUGUUUGACUCUAUAGUUGGAAAGAAAUGUCUUGAAUAUA